UUCUGCUACGCGGGAGGCCACGGGGCCGGCAUUCUGGAAGGGAAGCUGUCCGCCUCAUCGCUUCUCCCGCGGGUGCCGGCACUGCGUAGGGAGCGCAGCGAUUGCGGACGGCGGGGCGCUGCUGCGUGGGGGUGCCGCUGCUGCGUGGGGGCGCUGCUGCGUGGGACUCUGCUGCGUGGGGGCGCUGCUGCGCGGCGCUCGGCUGCUGGGCUAGCGCCUAGAGUUGCUUUGGUGCGAGCCCGCAGCUUGUCCCGGCCAAGGCCCGGGGGCAGGAGGGGUGGGCUGCUGGCGCGGGCCGUGGGGUGCGGUAAAGCUCCCCGGGUCCUUGCAUUCUCUCGUCUCACCCGGGGCCCAGAGUGGCCUGCGGUCCGGGAAGAAGACUGCUGAGGCUGGACCCAGCUGUCCAAGGAGGAGACGCAGCCUCCGCCCCCCCGGGAGGAGGAUUGGAACCUCGGUGCCGCCACAUCCCCUACCCCAAGGCAGCUGCAAACGACCCCCUUCCUCUUGCCGUCGGGGCUCCCUCCCCUGACGAUCUUGAAAUCCCAGAAAGAAGGGCGAGCGUUGUAGGUGCCGUCGCCGCGCGCGGCCGUGAGCCGGGCCUCGCUCUCUCCAUCCCAACAGGUUUGGGGGCGGGGGGCGGGGAGGAGGAGCUCAGAGCGGGCUGGACCCACAUUCUCCCGAUUUCUUCCUCCAUGGGGCUGCAGAAGCCCUCCUGGAGCCCCUUCCGACAGAUGAACUGAGCUCGGGGACGACUCUGGAAUUGGCAGGGCAUGGACUUGGGGACACUUGGUUAGACCCGAUGCCGCGAAGUGCGCCCCUCGGGGGACUACCUCAGAGUCUCUGACCUGGGAAGCCUUAGGAGUUUUGUUUCUUUCUUCUCCCCUUGGAGAUGCACAGAUUGUUCCCUCCCUGCUCCUCCUCCUCCUCCUGCGAAGCUUUUGGAGGCUGUGAGCUCGCAUCCAGGGCCAGCUCCACGAAAGUGAAGAGACCCAGGCAUUUGAACUUGAGACUUUGUGCUUAUUCAAACUGAGACUUCCCUACCCCCACUCUACUAUACUAAGCACCCAUUUCUCUGACUGUUUGCAUUUGACUGACGACUUUUGGGCCUAUUUGAUCUCCUCUCUCCUUUUUAAGAAAAAGGGGUGGGGAAGGAGCCUUUUUUUUUUUGGUUUUGUGUUUUGUUUUGUUUUAAAUCUACGGUACAGGGCUUAAGUCUCAGGGAAUUUGCCCAUGGCUUUCUUGAUGAAGAAGAAGAAAUUUAAAUUUCAAACUACUUUUACUCUCGAGGAGCUGACUGCUGUCCCCUUCGUGAAUGGCGUGCUGUUCUGCAAAAUCCGGCUGUUGGAUGGCGGAGAUUUCGCCAGCUUGUCGUCCAGGGAGGAAGUGCAAGAGAACUGUGUCCGAUGGAAGAAAAAGUUUACUUUUGUGUGUAAGAUGAGUGCCAAUCCAGCCACCGGCCUUCUGGAUCCCUGCAUCUGCAGAGUGUCUGUCCGAAAGGAGCUGAAAGGUGGGAAGGCCUACUCCAAGCUAGGAUUUGCCGACCUGAAUCUGGCUGAGUUUGCUGGCUCUGGUUCCACUGUUCGAUGUUGCUUGUUAGAAGGCUAUGAUACCAAGAAUACACGGCAGGACAACUCGAUCUUAAAGGUCACCAUUGGGAUGUCUUUGCUCUCUGGAGACCCCUGCUUUAAGACGCCACCUUCCACAGCCAAGUCCAUCAUCAUCCCCGGUCAGGACACGUCGCUGCAGCUGACCUGUAAGGGUGAGGGUACGUGCAGCAGUAGCAGUGUGGCCAGUGGGUCCGCUACCCUCACAGGGCCUCGGCAGGCCAAGGCGAGACCCACCAUCCUUGGAUCAGGGGUCCCUGAAGAGCCAGAUCAGAACUUGUCAAGUCCAGAGGAAGUGUUCCACUCUGGCCAUUCCCGGAACUCCAGCUAUGCCAGCCAGCAGUCCAAGAUCUCUGGCACUCAAGAAUCAGAUUCCGAGCUGGGACUGAGCCCUUCUACCCACUUCCUUAAGUUUGGGGCUUCCUGUUCUGUCUGCCCCCAGCCAAGGAGUCCCCACCCUAGCACGACCAUAGGGAGUGGUGGUCACCGCUGCUUCUCUGUCCCCUCCCCUGCCCUCCUCCCAGGUUACAGCACUGAACACUCCCGAUCCUCCAGCCUGUCAGACUUGACUCACCGUAGAAACACCUCCACCAGCAGUAGUGCCUCGGGGGGCCUCAGCAUGACCGUGGAGUGCCCUGACGGUGAGAGGGAGCACAAACCAGAAAAGCCCCCUCGGCCCCCCAGACCUCUGCAUUUAUCAGACCGAUCAUUCAGGAGGAAGAAGGAUUCAGUGGAAAGUCACCCAACGUGGGUAGAUGACACAAGAAUUGAUGCAGACGACAUUGUGGAGAAGAUCAUGCAGAGCCAAGACUUUACGGAUGUCAGCAACAAUGAGGACAGUAACCUGAGGUUGUUUGUGAGCAGGGACGGCACCACCACCUUGAGUGGUAUUCAGCUGGCAAACAGAGUCUCCUCUGGAGUUUUUGAGCCUGUAGUGAUUGAAAGCCAUUGACCGCCAUGACCCUCUGACCUGAGUCAUUCCAGAAGGGAGGGUCCCUUCUUUUCCUGGGGACCACUUCUCCAUCCAUCUCAAUUUCUGUCAAUGUUCUCAUCUAAUUUUUGCACUCCGGACCAGUCCUGAGGCCGGGCUGCCCCAAGCUGGCAUUGGGCCCCGCCCCCCUCAUCAUUAUCUCUCCUCCAUCCACCACUCUUUAUCUUCUCCCCAGAGCUGGACCUCAUUCCAUGGUGUUCUCAAGAGUAUUUCCCAGGACUCUGGAUGCAGUCUGAUUGUACCACUGUGAAUAUUCUCCAAACCACUAAAGAGCAGACAUCCAGACAGGAAGAAGAGCCCCAAGGCAGCCUGACCUUCUAGGGAACCCUGCUUGUACACUCCAGAGCACCCCAUAAACAGAUCCUUCCUCGUCAUAGGAAACUAUUGGCCCAAGUGCCAGUUUAGAAGGCAAAGGGAAUAGGUAGAGUCUGGUUAGGGAGCUAACUCCUGCAGGACUAUAGGCCCACUGCUGGGCAGGGUUGUGGCCUCUUGGAUUUUGGAUGUGGGCAGGCACGAUUCUCUAAAAGCAGGAGAAAAGGACUCUGUUUGGUGUGGCCUACCUCCUUGUCCUGCCCUGCAGCGCUGGUGCUUCUGACUUCUCUGGAGUUAGUGUGUGGAGGCAAGGAUCUUCCUGCCCCAUCUUCCUCCCCACCUGGAAGUUGUACAGACCAGCCACCCUGGUUCCAGCAGCACCUUGGAGGCGUCUCAGAUUCCUGCCACCACCAACUCUUCAGGGGAGGAGAGAUGGGCCUCUUGGAGAAACUGGAGCUGCCUCCAAGAGCUAGCUGGGAAACUUUGCUAUUCUCGGUCCGAGCUGAAGACUGGCUUCCCUCUUGAGCUCCCUGCCUCCUGCUCAUAAUCUUGCUCAUCUUUUUGAGAACUUUUGAGCCCUGAAUUCCUGCCUCUAGGAAUUCAAGGGCUCUUCGAUGGACUUGCUAGGUGGCCUUCGGUAGACCUGCCUUCCCCAUCCCUAGCUUGUCCUGUACCACAUCCUUUCAGCUUAUAAGCUAUUCCUUUCGCCUCCCUCUUCCCUUUUGAAUUUGCCUGCCUCUGUUUCUCACAGCGGCUCUCUGCACUUUGCACAUAUUUCCCUAGCAGAGCCUCGGGGGGUUGGCGGUUGGCCACCCCUCUCCCUACCCUAACAACGCACACAAAUCCUUCUGCCAGCCCCGCCCCCCCCCAAUUGCCUUGAACCUUUUUGAAAGCUAUGCUUCUGCCUGCUGGCCAGGUUAGUCAAGCAUCAUCACCAUCGCCUGCCCCCCCCCAAAUCCUCUCAUCUGUCCAGAGAUGGGGAGACCACCUAAGUAAGGUGGGAGAGCAGACUGCCCAGGUGGUAACUGCUACCCCUAAACUUCCCACCUACUUUGACUUUGUUUCAGCCCUCUUGGGUAAGGCCUGUGACAGGAUCACGUCCCCAGUUGGGGACUCUCUCCUUCUCUACCUUGGUGUACUCUCUGCUUGGGGCUGGGUCUUAGGCAGUUGACGCAACAGAGAAAUUAAGGGAAAAAAAAUAGUAAGUUGGACAGGGAAGGAGGGAGAAGUGUCUACAAACUCCAAGAGGCUGGAGGUGUUGGAGGAAGGAUAUUUGUCUCCUUCAGGAACAGGAGGAAAGAACUCGUCUCCUUUCAGCAGGGCCGGCCUAGGGGGGCCAUAGAGCCUUCACAGUUGGUGAUGGGGAAGGGGCAGAAUGAGAGGUGCUCACUCCAUCCGUUACAGCCUGGAGCUGUGUUCCCACAGGACAGAGCCCCUUCAUCAGCUCAUGCCUUUAGUGUCUGUGUGUCACCUCCUGCCACUGCCAAAGCUUCUGUUCUUAGCACUUUCUCUCCCCACGGCAAAGGCCCAGGCCACCAGAUACAGAGCCUGCGACCUCCUCACUCAAACCACUGGUUUAACUUUUUUUUUUUAAAUUUCAGUUGCCAAGUUGUAAUUUUUAAUAAACCCAGCAGGCUGGUGUUUGGUUUUGGGAGGGGUGGGAGGGUUGUUUUUUUUUUUAAGUUGAUAAUGGUUUGGG